AUCAAAGAGAGCAGUUAAACUAAAACUACAACAGAGGUCAAAUAAUCUUGGCGGAGGAAUUUACCGCGUACAAGAAAAUUCUUUACCUCGUUCUGAAGUGACCGAUGACUCCAGCAUCCAUCAACAACUUGUGGCUGCACAGAAGUCAAUUUUCGAAGCCGAGCUCAUUGACCAAGUAAUACGUGAGGCCCGUUCCAUGCCUAGUGUAACAUUAGUUGAGAAUGAAAUAUUUAUCCGAAUCUACCAGAACGUGGAUUUAACGAUACAAUGGGAUAAUAUUGAAACGACAGAAGAAUCCCCGUCUACCAGUAACACUUGGACGGCAGCCGUUGAAGCUGAUAAUUUUAACAUGACCAUCUCCCCGGAGUCUUCAACUUGCACUGUGUUGAAAUUGGCAAUGGAGCUUAUGGUGAGAAGAUAUCACCGAAGACAUUUGCUUAAACAACAGGAACGAAUGUUGCACGGGACGAAGGGUCCAAUACGAGAGAUCAAUCACGCACAAAUUCUCUCCCAUCUCAUUCAUCUACUCAAAUAUCACUUUUUCUGCGAUCAUAUUCGAGAAAUAGUUAACGCUUCGACAAAGGCAUUGAGAAACGGGGGUAUACCCGUACAAAUUCAUUUUAUUUCUAACAUGGCCAAAGGAAAAGAUUUCGUUGAAGACGUAUGGAAAAAAAUUGGCAACGAUAAAGUUCCCUUAUUUAUGGGCAUGAUCAUAAUAACUAUCGAUCGCAGACGAAGUCUUCGAUUUACUUUAGAAUCUCCGGCGUCUGUUACCGUUCAUCUCACUCACACGGAUAUAAAAACGCGUGAUCUGACUAAAUUUCAGGACUUGCUUUCUCGGGAAAUAAAUUUAUUUUUGUUGAAAAUUGUCCACGAGCAAUUGAAUUAUUUGACAGGGUUGGAUAACGUGCUAUAUGGAAAUAGUACUUGGCUUUUGGAUCCGGCGAUGAUGGCUAUAUAUAAAGACGUCCCACCGGUGUUAACUAAUUCGGAAGUAAAAUGGCCAAAGGCGCUUUGGAGACGCCCGGUUAAAAUCUUAAUUGUCAACGAACAUCCAUCACCUGACAAUCUGACCUUGAAGGUAGAAGCC